CACCCAGAAAAACAACAACAACACAACAAAACAAACUCAAACUCUUCUCUUAUCAUUUAUUAAUUAACACUAUUGAUUAGUUAAUCGUAAAUUGUGAUAGAAUUCCACCUUUAGCAUCUUAGUUUUGGUAAAAAUCGUUUAAAGAAGUUAAACUUAUGGUUAAGUAGGUGUGUUAUCAUUAUCAGAGUAAAAAAAGUGGAGUGUAGUGUCCGUAGUGUCAUAAGCAAUCAACAUUCAGUUCAACAAAUAUUUUAAGCCGAUUUGUUUCUAUACUUCCUAUUUCCACUUGGGCUAUUCAUUAAUAAUCAUGUUGCAUUACUUCUAAUUUAAUCGCAGAAACAUGGGAAAUUCCAACACCAAGCACCAUUACGAAACAGCUAAGAAAACUGGUACACUCAGCUUGUGUAAUAGCUCUUUGAAUGAAUUGCCGAGCAAAUUGAAGGAAUUGCAUCCUGUUCUAAGGCAGUUGAAUUUAUCUUCUAAUAAAUUCCAAACUCUCCCACCUAGCAUCAGUAAUUUUUCCAAUUUGAAGUAUAUCAACGUGGAUUAUAACAAGCUCACUCAGUUACCAGAAGAAAUAGGAAGAUUACAAAAGCUGGAAAACUUGUCUGCUGCAGCGAACAGUAUCACUUCAAUUCCACAUACUUUUUCGUCGUUAGUCAAUCUAAAAGAAAUCCAUUUGAACAAUAACCUGAUUUCAGACUUUCCGACGUCACUGUGUGAUUUGAAACACUUGACGAUUAUAGAUAUAUCACACAAUAAAAUUGACAUGAUUCCUGAUUCGAUUAAACGAAUAUAUGCGAUAGAGUUUAAUUUAAAUGAUAAUAAUAUCUCUAUUAUUUCGCCAGAAAUUGCUAAUGCGCCGAAGUUGAAAAUUCUCAAACUAGAAAAUAAUAAUCUUACGCUUUCGGCUAUACCAAAAAGUUUAUUGUGUGAUUCGAAAGUGACUUCAUUAUUUGUUCAGGGCAACCAGUUUGAUAUAAAAGAGUUCGAGCAUUUAGAUGGAUAUGAAAAAUACCAGGAACGUUAUACAGAAACAAAGAAAAAACUUUUUUAAAUAAUGUGUUUUCUCAUCUUUGAUGAUUUUAAAAUGAUAUUCCCUGUGUGUUGAAUUAUUACUUUUAAUUUUUUUUAAACCCAUAUUCACGAAUUACCAAAGUGAAAUCGAACGUUUUCUGUGUUUUAUUUUUAUUCACCAUUGGCUUUAAACGUUUUAAUUAUUUGUUAUUUUAAGAUGUUAAUUUUUUUAUUUAAAAAUUUUCCAAUACUACGUACUUGAAUGAGAAUUCAAUUUGCUUAUUUCUAAAAAUGAAUCAUUAUAAUAUUUGUCUUUAAUUUUUUCAUUUUGUAUCAUAUGAUCUCUUCAAUUUUUUUCACUAGUAAUCGUACAUUUUGAUUGUAAAUAAAUGUAUUUACUAUUUUAAUCAUCACUUCUUUGCAGUUUGUAUCUCUCAGUGUGAGAAAAAAAUUGUAAGAUGGAGAUGGAUAAAAUGAAUAACAGCGAAACUGAGUUCAUCGAACUUUUGAAAGCUAAUUUGUUUAGUUAGUGGUUAAGUUAUCAAGUUCAACAAUGAAAAAUAAUAAUGAAUAUUAUGAGCAAAAAAUUAAAAUUAUUAUUCCUUAAAUCUAAACGGAGAAGAAAUGUGAUUUGUAUGCAUCAUACAUUAGGGGUGUCUGGGGUGUUCGAGCGCUCCACAGAAUGCUACAAAUUUUCUCCGAUAAAAAAUGACUAAAAUAAGAGAGAAGUAAUUUUUAUUAUCAUCGGUUACAUUGUCAUUACCCGAUCAAACAAAAUACCAAAGAAUAAUUUUUAUUGCCUAUGUGUGUUCAGAAAUCAUUUCAAAACUGUUUCGGGUUUCCAGUGUUAAUUUUUCAGAUUCAGUAAUCAAUUUAAGUAAUUAAGUACGUUUUUUUACGUGGAUUCUCAAAAAUCUGGUUUUUGGACGUUUUUGGAAACUUUUUUUUAAACCAACCAUAAACGUUCAAAACCUUAAAAGUCGUCUCUCUUCAAGUGAACUCACAUCAGUAAAAUUCAUUUUCAAAAGCUACAAGGUACCCCAGCGUAUUCUAAACAUGUCAAAAUCCAAUUUCUUGCGACUCUGUCAAAAUCCGUGUAAAAAAAUAACUUAUUUAUUGUAUCAUUAUAUUUUUUCUUCUAUCUUCAUUCUUCCUCCUUCCACAUUUUAAAUAUAUUUUCUCCAGCAUAUUCCAAUGUUCCAAAGGAACACCCACUACAUCUGAGACAGUGAGACAUGAACCGUCGUGGUCGUGAGGGAAAAAUGAAAUCCCAUUCCGAAGCAGUCCUCCAGUCCAGUUCAGUGCAAAAGCAAAAGAUUGCAUUGCAAUAAAGACCAGUGCGCAUUUGACUUUUCGCUGGUGAACUAAUUGUUUAAACUAUAAUUUAAAUUUCAUCGCACGUCAUAAUUUUUUUAAACAAUUUUUUAGCAAAAUACAAAAUUGUGCUUGUGCGUAACUACAAACGCGAAAUGCGCGUGAAUGUGGUAAACCUCACGGGUAAUUCCCGGUAAUUACGCUCGUUGUGUCUCUCUCCUCGUGUGUACGUGAUGUACGAGUAUUCUUGUUAUGAUAUUCGAAGCGUUAAGAUGUAAUAAUUAUAUUCCUUGUUAUUUUUUUUAUAAUAAACGUUAUUAAUUGUUCGUUAAUUGUUAAUAUGUUUCCUACAUAUUUCAGAAGUGGUCGAAUGUGCGUCAACGAAGUGUUUUGAAUAAUUGAAAGUGUGUUUUUGUGUGUUGUUCGCGAUUUCUGCCGAAAGCAUGGUCAAAACGAAACGAAAUCAAUCGCCACCUUUUUCUCCAUCGAAAGUGGACCUCUCAAUGAAUACCGUUAGCGAAAUCGUCCAAGCAGCUAGCAGCGCAGUGCUACUGCCGGAAAUAUCGAAGUUUACGGGUGAGGUGUCUGCUACUGAAGCAAAAGAAUGGUUGAAAAGCGUCGAAAAUCAAGGCCUGAUCGGUGGUUGGAAUAACCUACAAAAGCUGGAAACUGCGAAGCGAUUACUUACGAAAGCAGCCAAAAGUUGGUAUCUACUCAAUGCGGACGAUAUCAAAUCGUGGUCCGAUUUUCGAAGUUGUUUUUGGGAAACGUUUAUUGGCGAAGAUGAUGGAAACGUGGUUGACAAGUGGGAACGUUUCUCCGCGCGAUGUCAACAAGAUAACGAAUCAUCAAUCGAAUACAUCUUCGAUAAGCUGCGUUUAGCUAAAGAUGUUGGUGCAUCCGUUGCAGAAUCAAAAAAUGCUGUUUGUGCUGGGUUUAAGUCCGAAGAUAUGGCGAAUUAUCUACGUAUUUACGAUUAUUCGAAAGCUGCCGAUUGGAGCAAACGACUUCGUGAAUUUGAAUCUAGUAAAUCGAAACCUGACGUUGCUGAAAGUGAAAACGAAAAACCGGUUGUUCCUGAUCCUGAAACGAAAAAGUCCGAAUCCGUCCUUCUGGUCAAUACAGCGUUAGGUGUUGAUCGUGAAAAAUAUGUGAAAACGGCUGUUAUCAACGGAAAAACGAUUUCGGGAGCGUUGAUCGAUAAUGGUAGUAGCGUAUGUGUGAUGCGAGCGUCAACUGCAGUCACCCUGUGCGAAACUAUUCAACCCCCUUCGAAUACGAGAAUUUUCGGCGUUGGUAAUUUGGAAAACGGAUCGGAAGUACUUGGUAAAAUCGUAGGUACGGUCUCAGUCGAUGGUGUGGCAGUACCCGAAACGGAAAUUCUAAUCCUCCGUGAUAAUGCGUUACCUGUUCCUCUCGUCAUUGGCUGUUCUUGGAUCGAAAACCCGAAUGUUGCGAUGAUCAAGUGGAAAGAUCAAUUUAUCAUCACACAGGCGAAUCGUGUGUCGUUAAACGAAAAUAGUGUCGUGUUUAGUGCCGAAAAAUCGCCGUGUAACAUCGUUGAAACGUCUGUCAACUUCGUUCGAGUCGAAAACGCCGGCAAAAUUGCUGAAAAGAGUGAAAUUCGUGUUCGUAAUCGGAAAAGGAAGCGAAAACCAGUUCGUGAAAAAUCGUUUAUUGUUAGUGAUAAGCGCGAUAAUUGUCGUUUUUGUUUUUCGGAGGAAAAUUGUACCAUUUCCCCGGAGUUGCGUUCGCCGAAAUUUCGUAAAAAGUGCGUGAAUCGGUGUGUUGAGGACAACACACACUGCAGAAUGGCCGAGUGUGGUAAACCUCACGGGUAAUUCCCGGUAAUUACGCUCGUUGUGUCUCUCUCCUCGUGUGUACGUGAUGUACGAGUAUUCUUGUUAUGAUAUUCGAAGCGUUAAGAUGUAAUAAUUAUAUUCCUUGUUAUUUUUUUUAUAAUAAACGUUAUUAAUUGUU